AUGUCCGAACCGACCAUCGCGAACCGCAUGCUGAAAGCCUGCGAAGCAGGCGACCUCCCAGCACUUCAGCAACUCUUCCAGUCCCAGAACAUCAAGCCAGGCACACAGGUCCGCUGGCAGGGCCCGAGUGAUAGCCCCGAGGAUAGCCCACCCCCAACCCACGAACUAGUGACCGCAGCCAUCGCCCAUGCCCACGUCCCGGUAAUAUCAUUCAUCCUCUCGAUCUACUCGAAAGGCGAUAUCAGCUGCGGCACAAUCGUCCAAGGAAUCAUCAAUAACCCAAGUCUGGAAAUCCUGGCCCUGCUCUACCGCCACUCGCCCGGCAUAGUCAACUUCGAGUUCGACCCGCUACGCACAUUCCUAACAGAAGCCUGCCGAGGCCCGCAAUCGCCGUCUACACCAGCGAGCUCAGACCAGGUUGCGCUGCUAGACUAUCUGCUCGACCAUGGAGCUGCUCCGGAUGAAGGGGCACUAGGAGGCUGCGGUGCUCUGCUUCCGGCCAUCGAAUCUGGAUGGGUACCGCUGGAGAUUAUGAAGAAGAUGCUAGCUCGGGGAGCCGUGGUGGGUAUCAUUGUUUUUGGAGCGGCGGUUCGGAUGCGGCGCGUGGAUGUGCUGCGGCUGUUUUUUGAGAAGGCCGAGUUUAGCGGGCAGCUUGAUCCUCAGACCAUCCUAGAGAAGGCUCGCGGGUCUGGAGAUCGGGAGGUUGUCGCCGUGGUGGACGAAGGGAUUAAGAAGUUGGAGCAGCGCAAAAAUGCCAGCCAGGAGGGAGCUUCCAAUAGCUGGUGGCAGUUCUGGAAACAGGCCUAG